GAACUACAACCAUGUCUGAUUCUCAGAUGCAGUUAGACGGCGAUGCAGCCGUAAACAGAAAAGGUAGAGGAUUUGUCGAUGGUCGUAAAAACUCUAGCAGGCCUAUGGAAUAUGAGAGAUUAGAAGAAGGGAUGUCAUUUGAUACGAAAGCCGCUAAAUCUGUUGAAGGAUGGGUUGUUAUAGUUACAAACGUACACGAAGAAGCGUCAGAGGAGGAUGUACAGGAUAAAUUCGCGGAUUAUGGCCAUAUUCGUAAUUUACACCUCAAUUUAGAUAGAAGAACGGGUUACGUUAAGGGAUACGCACUCAUCGAAUUUGAGAACUACGAGGACGCUAAGAAGGCAAUCGAUGAAUCAAAUGGUACAGAACUCCUUGAGCAAGCGAUACAAGCAGAUUUCGCAUUCAGCAAACCACCACCAGGUUUCGAGCCAGAUAACGACAAGAAGAAGAACAGACGUAGCGCUAGUCCAGCUAGAGAAUAAAAUAAAAUAGUGUAACAUAUUAAUAUAUUACAAUUCAUCUAAAGCCCCAUUAAUUUCAUGAUUAAGAAUCCAAGGGUAUCAACGACGGCUGCAGCUAGAAUAGUAGCCGGCACGCCAUUUAAUAAGAAAUCAUUCGUGUUCAAGUAUCGCUCUCCCAUAGUAUCUUCUUGGUUUAUAGCCGCUAUAUUUGGGAAUCCACUCACUGGUAAUCCCAUACCAGCUGAACAGAUCAAGGCGGUAGCCAUAAUCAAAAGUCUUCCAUGAGGAGGGUUGAGAUUCUGUCCAACUUGGGUUGCUAUUGGUACUAAUAAUACAGCUGCUAUUGUAUGUGAAAUGAAUGUAGCAACGAUUGUAGCUAAGACUGAGAAAAUGACUAAUAUUCUCCAAACACCGAAUCCAUUCACCAUUUCUUUGACAGCAUCAUCAGCUGAAUCCAACAACCCUGAACUCAUUACACCUUUACCGAGGGCUAUACCACCCAUAGCCAGAUAGACGAUGGUCCAAGGGAAUGAGUUGAAGUCAUGUGGUGACAAAAUACCAGUACCAAAGAAAGCAAUCAGUGGUAAGAUUGCAAUAAUACCCAUAUCGCCUAUGACACCUUGGAGUGAAUGAGCUACACACCAUAAAAUAAUAGUUGUAAUAGUGACGAUAGUGAUAUACCAUUGCUUGUACGUAAACCUAUCCUUUGAAGGUUUCAACAUGGUAAUGACUGUGCCUUUACCACUUCCAUAAGUUAACAAAAGCAAACCCCAAAUUAAGACCAGAGUGACCGACGCAACAGGUAAUGCAAUUACAAACCAUUGAAGCCAGUCGAGAGGUGGAUCCAUUGCAUCUAACGCGAUAACAUUCUGUGGUGAAGCGAUAGGUGAUGCUUGGCCACCAAUAUUUGCAGCAAGGGCAAUACCAAUGAUCAUACUCUUCGCGUAUGGUGAUUUUGGCGGUAAUUUCCUUAAUAAUGGUUUAGAUAGUGAAUAACAAAGAACUGGUGCUGCGACAUUAGAUAUCCACAUAGCAGAGAAGCAUGCUACACCCAUUUGAGCGAGUAGAACUAAUUUUGGAUCCGUACCAGCUAAGUUUAGUAUCCUUAUCGCUAAAACGCGAUCGAUGCCAUGCUUAGAUAACGCAGCGGCGAUAGUGAAACCACCGAUGAGUAGAAAGAUAGUUGGGUUCAUCAUUUGAGAUAAGAUAUACUUAGCUGCAUCUUCUGCUGCCAUUCUAUGUCCAUCUGGAUACUUGACAACGCGGAGGAUUACUAUAAACAGUGGAACCGACAGUGAUGUUACGAAUAAAGGUAUUGCUUCAGAAGACCAUAAAAUCACACAAAAUACCAGUAAAGCGAGGCAAUUUUCUUCACCUUUAUCGAACAUAUUCAAGUUGGUCAAUGUAAUAAAAACCACUACGGCCGUUAUAAAAGCGACCAGUCUACCUGUAAGCCAGGAUGGAAUGUAUUUUGCUAUACCUGUUGGUAGUUUCUUCUCCUCGUCUCCAGAAUACAUUGAUUGAAUUUGUACACCCUGGGAUCUACGUUCUUGGCCGACCAUCUGUCUCCAGACACUAUUACGUUCGAGAACG